UGUCAAAGUGCCGGAAGUAAUAUUCAAAUCUUUUCAUAUCUUUCAUCAAGUUCAGUUUCAUUAAAUUAAAAGCAACAGAAUGAAUCCUGCAUGUAACACAUUCGAGAGAAUACAAAACGAAAUAAGAGAAAACUUAGAACGUGAAAAGGAAUUGAAAAAUGGCCAUUCAAGUUUAAAUGAGGUUAGUUAUUUGCUUAAAGAAGAAUCAACAAGUGUCUCUAAUGGCACAAAUGGAAUUUUAUCCAAAUCAAACGGUUUCACGCGGAGAUUCAUACCCAAUACUAAUACUAGAGGGGUUAUGCAAAAAUUUUUUAAAAAUAGAGGUAAAAUAUCACAGUCUGCUUUAAAUUCACCAGAACCCCAACAUACUUUUGCUCCUGCAAAAGGUAUUUGUGUUAGAAAUGGUUAUGUUCCAACAGAAGAAAAAAUUGUUAAGGAACUAUUAGACUUUCAAAAACGAGAAAUGGAAUUGAGGGAAGAGCGAAGAAAAUCUCAGCCAGAUUUAAUGAAAGCUCUAGAAUUAGAAGAACAUCAAUUAAAAUAUCAGGAUACAAGAAGUAUGCUGAAAUCCACAAAAUCACUGUCCAAUUUAUAUCAGUCUGGAGAUAAUAUUAAUGUUAUUGGACCAUUGAGAUAGAAGAAUGUUAUUUUAAUAUCACCCAUUAUUGUGAUCUCUAGAUAAGAAACUACUUCUUGGUAAGUAUUUCACUUGAUUGUUGUCUUGCAUGUUUUGAUUUAAGAAAACACCCGUGAAGAUAUGUACUUGAAGUUUGGAACUUUUUUUUUCAAAACGAAUAUAAAAAAAACUUUACUUAUUUUUGUACCAAAUUAGAUAAAAAGUAGAUACAAGUACCAUUGAUGAUGUGUAUAGCAAGAAUGAAAAGAUUAGGGGUAAAAAACUUCAAAGUCACCCUUUGAAUGCAACCUCUUUGUUUUAUUUUGACUUUGAGGAUCCUGGCCAUGGUUAAUUUGUUUUUAAUUAUUCUCCAGCAACUGCGUGAAUGGGGGGAUAUUCCGGGCUUCAUAUGGUCUUUAUAUUUUUUCCCUAUCUUUUUUAUGGCCUCCUUGUUGAUUUCUGAGAAUUUUAGACUGAUACUUGGCCUUUUUCUAUUUUCGUUUAAAAUAAAUUAUAUGAGUUGCAUUUCAAGGGUGACUUUAGGGUUUUUUUAUCCUUAAUCUCUUCAUUAUUGCUGUAUACAUCAUCAUUGGUACUUGAAUCUACGUUUCAAUCGAUUUGGUACCAAAAUAAGUGGAGUUUUUUUAUUUUCAUUUCAAACAUCAGGUACAUAUAAAAAUAUAUUUUUUGUUACAUUAUGCACCUUCUAAAUCUGAUAUAUCACAUACUGUCAAUGUCAUAGAUUCUAAAAUAAAAUAGCUUUUAUACAAGUGU